AUGCGUCCCGCCGCUAUUCUCUCCGCCGUUGCUGCUCUCGGCUUUGGCGUUGUGAGUGCCCAGUCCAACACCGUCCCUGUCACUGGUCUUCUGGGCAACGCGACUGUUGUGACCGACAACCCUGUUGGCGUUGCGUACCAUGCUGCAUUGCCCACGUCCAACAAGACCUCGGUUACUGGCUCAGUUCACGCUGAGACCAGCGGAAAUGGGACUGGCGUUGUCUUCCAUGUGAGCAUCUCUGGCUUGCCUACCUCCGGUGGACCCUUCUUGUAUCACAUCCACGAGGACCCCGUUCCGGCCAAUGGAAGCUGUACCGCGACUGAAGCCCACCUUGACCCCUUCAAACGUGGCGAGACUCCUCCAUGUGACCCGUCUCUGCCAGAGACCUGUCAGGUUGGUGACUUGAGCGGCAAGCACGGAAAGAUUAACGGCACUUCUUUCUCGGCGAGCUACACCGAUCUCUACGCUUCCACCAACCCUGAACUUGGUUCGUUCUUUGGCAACCGCUCGGUUGUCGUCCACUUUGCCAACAAGACCCGCAUCACUUGCGCCAACUUUGUGCUCAUGUCCAACACGACGAGCCCUUCUGCCACUCCUACUUCCUCUCACCCAGCUUCCUUCACCAACGGUGCUGCCACCGUUGCUCACGCCGCCGGUAGCUUUGCUACUGCCGGUGUCGUCGGACUUGCCGGACUGGUAGCUGCCAUGCUGGUUUAG